AGCGCGACGGCGGCGGCGGCGGUGGUCGGUGCGGGAGGAGGGAGGGGAGCUCGCGGGCCGGAGAGGGGGCGACGACGGCGGCUGCUGCCUGAGGAGGCCUGGGCGGCGGCGGCGGCGGCGGCAGCGGCGGAGGCCGAGGAGGAGCCUGGAGAGGCGUGGCUGGACCAAGACCUCCCCCAAUGUGAGCAGGUGUCCUCCUCCCCUCACCACCUAUUGCCACCACGCCAGGGAACGUCCUCAAUCCCUGGUCCUCAGGGGAGAGGUAACAGGAGUCCGGAGCCGAGACCAUGUGACGGCGCUGGCCCUCACCACCACCGUCCCCCCAACCCUGGCCCCAGGCCUGGCACCAUGAUGUUCCGAGACCAGGUGGGCAUCCUUGCUGGCUGGUUCAAGGGCUGGAAUGAGUGCGAACAGACAGUGGCCCUGCUGUCACUUCUGAAGCGGGUCACCCGCACCCAGGCCCGCUUCCUGCAGCUCUGCCUGGAGCACUCGCUGGCGGACUGCAAUGACAUUCACCUGCUGGAGUCGGAGGCCAACAGUGCUGCCAUCGUCAGCCAGUGGCAGCAGGAGUCCAAAGAAAAGGUGGUGUCCCUCCUGCUGUCCCACCUGCCCCUGCUUCAGCCAGGCAACACGGAAGCCAAGUCGGAGUACAUGAGGCUGCUGCAGAAAGUGCUGGCCUACUCAAUCGAGAGCAAUGCCUUCAUCGAGGAGAGCCGCCAACUGCUCUCCUAUGCCCUCAUCCACCCAGCCACCACACUGGAGGACCGCAAUGCGCUGGCCCUCUGGCUAAGCCACUUGGAAGAGCGUCUGGCUGGCAGCUUCCGCACCCGACCUGAGCCUACCUACCACUCGCGCCAGGGCUCAGAUGAGUGGGGAGGCCCUGCAGAGCUGGGCCCCGGGGAGGCAGGGCCAGGCUGGCAGGACAAGCCACCCCGGGAAAAUGGACACGUGCCCUUCCAUCCACCCAGCUCAGUGCCGCCAGCCAUCAACAGUAUUGGGAGCAACGCAAACGCAGGUCUCCCCUGCCAAAUCCACCCCAGCCCGCUGAAGCGCUCCAUGUCACUCAUCCCCACAAGCCCCCAGGCCCCUGGUGAGUGGCCAAGUCCAGAGGAGCUUGGGGCCCGGGCUGCUUUCACUACACCAGACCACGCACCCCUCUCGCCCCAGAGCAGCGUGGCCUCCUCUGGCAGUGAGCAGACGGAGGAGCAGGGCUCCAGCCGGAACACUUUCCAGGAGGACGGCAGUGGCAUGAAAGAUGUGCCCUCAUGGCUCAAGAGCCUCCGCUUGCACAAGUAUGCGGCCCUCUUCUCACAGAUGAGCUACGAGGAGAUGAUGACACUGACUGAGCAGCACUUGGAGUCUCAGAAUGUCACCAAAGGUGCCCGCCACAAGAUAGCCCUGAGUAUCCAGAAGUUGCGAGAGAGGCAGAGCGUUCUCAAAUCCCUAGAGAAGGAUGUGCUGGAAGGCGGGAAUCUGCGAAACGCUCUGCAGGAGCUGCAGCAGAUCAUCAUCACCCCCAUCAAAGCCUACAGUGUCCUCCAGGCCACUGUGGCUGCUGCCGCUGCCACCACCCCUGCUGUCAAGGAUGGGGGCCGGGGGGAGCCACCGCUGCCAGGUGCUGAGCCUCCCCUGGCUCACCCCAGCACAGACAAGGGCAGUGAGGCCAAGGACCCUCCAGCUGCAGAGAGCUACCCUGCUCCACCAGCUCCAGCUUCCACUGAUGGUAGUGAGCCAGCCCCAGCUCCCGUCGCCGACGGAGACAUCCCCAGCCAGUUUACACGGGUGAUGGGCAAAGUGUGCACCCAGCUGCUGGUGUCCCGACCAGACGAGGAGAAUAUCACCAGUUACCUCCAGCUCAUCGAGAAGUGCCUGAGUCAUGAGGCUUUCACCGAGACGCAGAAGAAACGGCUGCUGUCCUGGAAACAGCAAGUGCUGAAGCUCCUCCGGACCUUCCCGCGCAAAGCCGCACUAGAGAUGCAGAACUACCGGCAACAGAAAGGCUGGGCAUUUGGCUCCAACUCACUCCCCAUAGCUGGCUCUGUGGGGAUGGGAGUGGCCCGGCGGACCCAGCGACAGUUCCCAAUGCCUCCGCGGGCCCUUCCGCCUGGUAGGAUGGGCCUUCUGAGCCCCUCGGGCAUUGGGGGUAUCUCCCCCCGACAUGCCCUCACCAGCCCCAGCCUUGGGGGCCAGGGCCGACAGAACCUGUGGUUCGCCAACCCCGGAGGCAGCAACAGCAUGCCCAGCCAGAGCCGCAGCUCUGUGCAGCGCACCCACUCGCUCCCAGUCCACUCAUCGCCCCAGGCCAUUCUCAUGUUCCCUCCAGACUGCCCGGUCCCUGGGCCUGACCUGGAGAUCAAUCCCACUCUGGAGUCUCUGUGUCUGAGCAUGACAGAACACGCCUUGGGUGAUGGGACAGACAAAACUUCCACCAUCUGACGGGACCCACAGCCCAGCGCACCCAUAGUCUCCCCGGGCGGCGGGCGGGGGCCAACCCCCAACGGGCUUCUCUGCAACAGGAAGAGGGUGGGCUGGCUCAGCUAUACAUUCUAAUAUUUUUCUACUCUAUCACCCUUUUAACUUUUGUUUAACAUUGGCACAUGCCUUGCUCACUCCCAGGCCCGUUGAGGGAUCUCUGCUGAGGCCCAGGGAGCAGGGAUAGGGGGCAGCCUGCCUGCCUCUCCUUCCCUCUUUCAUCCCCCACCAGGCCCCAUCCCACCCCUGCCUCCUCCAAACCACCGGCCACCUGCCCCUCCCAAGGAAACAGUCUCCUCUAGAGACUCACUGACCCACCAUCUUGUGGGGCUUGCUCAGAACCAUCUGACAUUUAGGGAGAGAACAGCAGGGUCCAUAGCCUGCUCUCCUGAAUGUCAGAGAGGAGCUGAGAAGGCAGGUGAGGGGAGGAGGGUGUCUGCCUAUCUCUCUCCCUCCCUCCCUCUCUCUCCCUCUCUCCCUCUCCUCCCCUCCUUCCCACCCACUUCUCCUUCCCCAUUCCCAUCAUUCCCCAGGACAGGAGCCACCCUCCUCUCACUCACCUCCUCUUGCCCUGUUUAUCAGAGGUUCUCUACAAUUAAUUUCUUAGGCCUAUUUAAGAUACAUAUUUAUAUAGUUCUUAACGGUUUUUCUCUCUAAUCAUUCCCUCUCAUUUUUAGAAUCCCCAGGCCUCUCUCUGAGCCAAGAAAGUGGCAGGGGGAGCCUAAAUUUUACAAGAGGAGAGGGCAGAGCCCCCUCCUUCAUACCCCCUAGCCCUUCCCCACUUACCCCCAGCCCUGGCUCCCUAGAUGCAGAGGUUGAAGGCGGGGAGCCAGGGCAGCCAGUGAGGUCAGGAAGUCUGUUGCCUUAACAUCCCCUUCCCCCACCAACACAAACCCUUCUCCACUCUCAGGUCUGGUUGCUGAAAAGACUUGGGGGUAAGGAAUAAGGGAAAGGGGAUGGUUUUUGGUUUCUUUCCCCACUCCCACUCCCUUUUCUUUCAACCUUCCCCCCACCAUCCCCCGCCAUUCUGCCAUGACCUCACUUAAGUGGAACACUAUGUCAUAACCCAGAGAUUCGUCCCAGCCCUGGAGUUACACAGACCCUCUGAUCCCUGUUCCUACUGAGGGGUUGUGCUAGGGCCCAGGUGGAGGGAAGGGGAUUUGGGGGUUCAGGCUGUGGAGAAGCCAGGGUCCCCUAUUCCUCCCCCCAACUUUCCCCUUAACCUCCCCUCCCCCACUGGGACAUUCUCAAGCUUUUCACACCGAAAAGGAAAAAAAAUGUUAUUUUUAGAUACAUUUUAUGAAUAACUUUUGUUAUGAAUAUGGCUGGUAACCAUUGUGUAUGUUAUUAAAGAUACAAAAUGUUGGGAAAAAACAAAAAACCAAAAAAAAAAAUUUUAAAACCACCGCCCUCCCUGCACUCUCCCCCCAUUCCCCAGAACUUCUUGCCCCUGUCCUGGUCUGGACCUCCCUCAGCUCUAAGCCCAGGAGAGGGAGGAAGCCAGGGGGCAGGGUGGCCCUGGGGACCUGCUCUAGGUCCCCACCUCCUCUCCCAGUGCCGGGCUGGGUGGGGUGUCAGGUUUAUUUAUGUACCUCUUGCACACUCAUCAACCUAUGCAAGUCCCCCAUCCCGGCUCCUCCAUGUUUCUGUGCCUUUGCUCAUUCCCCUCCAACUCCCAGGGCUUCUCCAGUCCUCCUCUUAGCCCGGGGAAGUGGGAUGGACAGGGGCCACCUCGUUUGGUAUCAGCAGGGUGUCCCUCUUAGAGACCCUCACCUCCUCCCAGCCAGUCCUGUCUUGUUCACUACCCAUCAGGGUGAGCUGGGUCUGCCUGGCACUGGGAGGUGGUGAGGGACACCCCCACACACAAUGGGAGGCAAGAGCUGCCCCCCUCCCCCCACCUGACAGCAGAGUGUGCAGGACGCAGGCGGCCUCACUCUGAUGGGCAGGACCCUGAUCCGCUCCCACCCCUCCCUGCCCCCUGGCCCCUCUGCCAUGAUUUCACCCUUCUAUCCCCAGCCCCACUGGCAGAAUCAGCUUUGAGUAACUGUAUAGUUUUUCUCACUGUUGGAGAAGACUUAUUUGUUGGAGUUUCACUUGUUUAUUGGUCUGGGCUUAUUUUGGAAAAAAAAACAAACAAACAAAAAGGAUUCUGACCUUUGUUAUGCUACAUUUCAUGGAAAACGUAGUGGCCCUGCCUCUGUGGCCUUUGCUUCUGUGCCUUAAGCACCUGGGGGGUGGGAAGGCAGAAGGAGACCAUUGGCCUGGGAGGGGAAGUAAAGAGAAGUUGGCUUUAUUAACAGCAAAGGUUUGGAGAAGGAAGAGGGAAACAAAGCAAAAGGCUUGAAAAUAGACCACUCGAAAAGUGCCUUUCUGCACGUAAUAAUUGUGUCUGUACCAGCCCUGAAGGCCCUGGGACUCAGUCACUGUCACUGUCAGCUUCACUAGAAUCAGAAGCUGCAGCUUCACUGCCAUCCUCCUGAGCAGAAUGCUCACUGCCACUGGGGAAGGGACUGGCGCUCCGGCUCCGGCUGUGGCUCCGGCUCUGCUGGCCACCCCCAUCGCUGCCGCUGUCUGAAUCAUUAUCACUGCCACGGGCCCGUCCUCUGUCCUCAUCAUCAGAGUCAGCGUCGUCCUCAGAGUCAGCAUCACUGCCGAAGAUCUCCUCUUUGUCUCUGGCAGCCCGGGCCUCAUCCUCACUGCUUUCAUCUUCAGCGCUGCCACUCUUGUCACUUGCCUCAUCCCUGUCACCCUCCUCCCGUUCACUCUCACUGCCUGAGUGCUCAUCUUCACUGCCUUCCUUCUCACUGCUGCUGCCCUUCUCUCGUUCCUCAUCUGUGCAGGACAAGGAGAAGUGAGACCCAGUUUCCCAUCCUCCCAGGGCUCCCAGAGUUUGGACUGUCCAGCUAUACCUGAGCCCCCAGCUUCUUUCUCUUCUGUCUCCAUUUCCUCUUCCUCUUCCUCCUCGGGUUCGUGGUUCUCCAGCUGAGCUUUCCGUGCCUCCUGGAAGCAGCAGAGUUGAGGGGAAGAAAGGUGUUCUGCCCAGCUCCUGUCCCUCUCCUCACCAACUACUACCCUCCCCAUGGGUGCCCUGGGUCAGUGCUGCUUAUUACCUGUGCUUCUAAUUCCUUCUCAUUCAUGUCCCGGUGUUUGACCACAAGCAGGGCGUUGGUACCCGACUGAACCCCAGCCUUGGCCCGGCGCUUGCUCAGGCGGACCCUGCAGUGGUGGAGUUGAGGAGUAGGGGUAUGGAAGAUUCAGUUAAAGACCCCCAGUGGGGAAUCUCAUCUAACUUGUUUUUAUGCAUCUGUGCUUAGACGAGAAUAAAUACGAUUGAAUAAGGGUAACUGAACUUCGGGGUUGGGAGCAGAGGACAGGAGGAAUGAUAGCUUCUAAGUUAUCAGUUUGGUUGCCCUGUACUUUAUAUUCGUGCAUAUGUAUGUCCUGUACAUAUGCACUUAACGUGUAUAAACAAAGAGAUUUUAAUGUGAAUUAGUUACCUAUACUUAAAAACAGAAUAUGGAUUUCUGGCUUUUGGAAAAUAUAAAUCUGACCCCA